AUGGACUUCCUCCGGUCCGUCGAGGAGGACCUGCAUGGCCUCAUCUACGAGACGAAGAAGAAGCUGCCGGCCGUGCGCGACGCGGCCGAGAAGGGACUCGAGCAGAUCGUGCUCAUGCGGCAGAUGUACGCGCAGUCGAUGCGCGUGGAGGCGGCGCCGGGGCCGGGCCACGCGGUCUUCAAGAGCGAUGCGAUCCUGCAGCCCUUCUUGCUCGUGUGCAACCACGCGACAGCGAGCCAGAAGCUGCUCAUCUCGUGCUUCAACAGCAUCCAGCGCCUCGUGUCCUGGGACGCGAUCACGACCGAAGCCGUGAGCAACAUUUUGCGCGUGCUCCAGAUCCAGGCCGAGCGCAACAACAGCCAAGACAUCCAACUCAAGCUGCUCCAGACACUGCUGCAGCUGCUCACGCUGGCCUUUACACACGGCGACGAGCAAAUGACCAAGGACGACCUCAUUAGCCAAGCCAUGUGGAUCUGUCUGCAUCUGCAGAGCCAGAGCGGGAACCCGAUCACUGCCAACACGGCUGCGAUGACCGUGCGGCAGAUCGUCACCAUGGUCUUUGACAACGUGUUGCACCAUGCGAGCUCGGGCGACGAGGUUCGGACGCGUGCCAAGAACGUCGGGUUCCUCGUCUUCCAGGACCUCUGUCUCAUGAGCCGCGAAGAAGCCGGCGUGUGGCUCAAGCGCACGACGUUUUCCAAGCUCCUCGGCGUCGAGCUCGUCGAAGCCGUCCUCACGUCGCACGCCGGUCUCUUCCGCGACGACAUUGAGUUUCGCAGCAUGCUCAAGCAGCACAUCAAGACGCUCGUGACCAUGAACCUCGACAGCCUCUUGGCGCCGACGGCGGCUGCCAACCCCGCGGGCCCCUCGGUACCACCGGCGCCCGCGCACCAUGUGACCAUCAACUAUGUCACGUGGCCUGUUUUGCUGGCGAUGGAAGUCGUCUCCAAGGCGUGCCACGAGCCCGAAGUGCUCCCGGCGCUGGCGCUGUACCCGCAACACGUACUACUGCAAGUCGCGCGCCACGUGGCCGCCGUCGUCACGCUGUCGCCGCCGGCUGACUACAAGCCGUCGCAUGACACGACCUUCUACCGCAGCGGGCUCGAGUACCUCAACGACGUCGAGACGCCGACGCUGCAGCCGUUCUACCACUGCUUGCGCCUCAGCGCGGUGUGCCUCGCGCAAAUGGUGUCGGCGCUCGCGACGCCGUCGCUGGUGCCGCUCACGGGGCAGUACAUGCUCACGUCGAUGGCGCCGUUCGUGCUGAAUGCGUCCACAUGCCUCCUGCGUUUUUGCCGCGACGCAGAGCUCGUCAACCUCGCCCUCAAGUCGCUCCACGGGCUCUCCGCCGCCGAAGCGAGCCUUCGUCGCCACCUGCCGGCGGCCGUCACGGCCUUGAGCCGACCCGUGGGCGUGGCGUGUCUCCAGACGCUGAUUGUGUUUUCGUUUCCGGUCGUGCCAGCGUCGCGGGUCGUCAAGUGCGUCUCGGGAGCCGGGUACCCGAGCAUGGUCGAGUACUUGCAAGAGGACUUGGUGUUCCACUUGGACGAGCCGCUCUUGACGUGGAAAGAGGUGCAGGCCAUGAAGACGCUUUUCCGGUCCGUGCACACGAUGGAGAACGACCUCAACACGCCCGAGUGGCGCGUGCUCCUCGAAGGUUUCGAGAUCCUCGUCGCGCUGAGCAACCUCAAACAAAAGGCCAAGGGCGUGCACACCAAGAUGGGCACGGGCCCGCAGGCGCUCAAGGUCGAGGACGAAGACGUCGAGCAGCAGCUCGUCAUGCUCGGCUUCUCGGUCACCGAGUACUUUCAGAACAGCACCAACGACGGCAUCCUCGGCCACGACGCGCUGCUGCAUGUGCUGCGGGCGCUGCAGCGCAUCUGCUUUGGCCAGCUCCAGACGUCGACGCUCGACACCACAUGUGACGACGACACCAACGACAAUGCACCGACGACGGCGACCGACGACGCUGCACUCGCGUCGGCGCUCGCAGACGUGGCCAAGAACGAAGCGAUGCUCGCCUGGGACGUCGUCUCGAUCCCGUACAGCACACAUCUGCGCCUGUACGACCAGACGUUGGGGCUCUCGACCGUGGCCGGCGCGCCAUUCACGCCGUCGUUUGCCAUCCGCCUCUUCGUGCAACUGGCCAAGCAACACCCGACCGCGUGGGCGUACGUGAUCCGCGAGCUCGUUGCGCUCAGCUGCGCACCAACAUCGUCGCUCGGCGCGUCGUUCCAGGCGUUUACGACCGACGCGGUCUUCCAGCUCAUGCAGUCAGCCGUCGCCUCGAGCAAUAGCAGUACCACGAUGAUGGCGCAAGAAGACGUGUGUGGCUUUAUGCUGCAGCUGCUGGCGUCCGAGACGAUGAAGGAGCGGGCGCUCGCCGGCGUCCUCGACUUUCUACAGGCGUGCGGGCACCUCCUUACGACGGGCUGGCCCACGGUGCUGGCAACGCUGCAAUCGUCGGCCGCACUGGACGCCCGGUGCCAAGUCGUUGCGUUCAAGAGCGUCCGGCUCAUUGUCGACGACCUCCUCGGAAGCAUGCCAUUGACGUACCGGCGAGAAUGCAUUGGGUGUGUUGGCGCGUUUGCCUCGAGUGCCAAGGACGUCAACGUGAGCCUCACGGCCGUCAACGCGCUCUGGAGCAUCUCGGACGCCAUCGCCAAGCAAGCCACCGACGUCGACGAGCUCUGGCCGAGAGCACUAGGCGAGCUCCGUCGCAUCGCGUCCGACCCGCGCCCCGAGGUGCGCAACUGCGCGAUCAACACGCUCUUUGGGAUGGCGGUCACCCACGGCACGCAGUUCCAGCUCUCCGAGUGGCAGCUCUGCCUCGAAGACACGGUCUUGCCGCUUGGGUUGACCCUCGGCACCGCGACCGUGCCCGACGAUGGCGCUGUGGCGACGCCGGGUCUGCGGACGCACCACUCGCGCGACAGCGUCGCCAAGCAGUACGACGAGUCGCGGGUCCUCGUGCUCUCGGGGCUCGCCCGCGUCGUCCAGACGCACGGCGGCGCGCUCAUUGCGCUAAGCGACUGGUUUCCCAACAUGUGGUCGGCGCUCCUCGCCUACAUUGCGCGGGAAGCGGCGCACGCGUCCGCCGAGGUCGUCCUCGCGGCCGUCCAGACGCUACACAUGCUCCUCCAAGUCGUGUCGGUCGACGGCGUCGAUGCGUCGGCGACACCGUUGCGCGCCGGCGUUGGCAUGCGCAUGGUCGACGGCUCUCUCGCGCCCGCCGACGCCACCGCGUCGACUGCAUCGGCGCGCAAACCGAUGCCGCCGACGCCCGCUGUCAUUUGGGACAACGCGUUUGAUUUGCUCUUGUCGGUGGCGGCCAAAUCGGCGACGGACCACGACGCGGACGUGGCAGCCGCCGUCGUCUUGGCCACUGUCCAGCUGUACAACCAGUGUCGGGACCACGAGUGCAAGACGGCGGCCCGGGUCGCCGUCAUCCUCGAGCUCUUUGAGGCGUGCAUGGACGCCUACGUGUUUUCGAGCCCCGCGACGGUCACUGGCGGCACGACCAACUCGGUGCACGCUCGGAUCCUCAACGCGUACGACGACUGCGGGUACUUUACACCCGACAUGCACCCCGAUGUCGUCGCGCAAGUGCUCCGGUUCCUCGUCCGCGCCCAGACGUUGCACAUCACCGUGCUCAUCAAGCACCUGCUCUCCACGCUCGCCAAGCUCAUCGAGCGCAUUGAUUCAAGUGCGCUCUCGGCCACGGCGCGCGAGAUGCUCAAGAGCAUCCAGCCGAGUCUCGACACCAAGACGCAGGACGUGUCGACGACCAUGGCGACGCUGACGAGUGCCGAGAAGGCCGCCCUCGGUCUCUGGCGGCCCGCGGUGCCCGUCCUCCAGGCGCUGACGACGCAUGCGCUACCCGUCGCGCCCAAGAUGGCACCGCAUCUGCUGGCGACGAUCGCGACGGUGCUCGGCCCGGCGCCCCGGCGCGACGACGACCACGACGACGAGACGCUCGAACUCAACGUUCUCGACACGCUGGUUGAGAGCAUGGUGGGGCGCGUGCCGCCGUCGGCGGAAGGGACGGCGCGCUUCAUGGACCUCUUGACGGCGUCGAGCGGGCGCCGGCCGUCGGUGGCGAGUGCGUGCGUCCAGCACCUGAUCGCGCUCGGGUCGGUGGCCAACACGAACGGACCACUGCGACAGGCCUGCCGCAUUGAGCUCCUCUCGCUCACCAACGACGCCCUCGGUGCGUACCAGCAGCGCCCGACCGAGCACCGCGAGCGCGUCGUCACGCUCCUCUCGACGCUGGGCGCGAGUCCGCUCUCGCCGCGCAACGUGCUCGUGCUCUUCCCGGCGCUCUGCGCGUGCAUUAGCUGCGACGACGCCGAGAUCCGCGGCUGGAUCCAGCGCAUCCUGCUCGAGUCCAACGUGGCUGCGACCUGCCUCGCGCUCCUCCGCGACGAGGCGUCGUAA